AUGGUCCCCCACAAUUCAUCCCGUUCCGCGGUGACCCCGUACCUGAUCUACCUGGUGUUUAUCGCCACGUUAGGACCGCUUCAGUUCGGGUAUCACUUGGCCGAGCUUAAUGCCCCCCAAACUGUAGUCACCUGCGAGCGAAAGAGCAUCCAUUCCUCCGCGAAGCCCAUGACGCACGGCCUACCACAAUGUAUCCCGAUGAACCCGUCCCAAUUCGGUCUUGUAUCUUCUAUUUACACUCUAGGUGGGUUUCUAGGAGCCUUGCUAGCAGGGCCCGUCUCAACGAAGCAUGGUCGCCUGUUGGCGCUACGAGCGACGACAAUUUUCUUCAUACUCGGCCCUAUCGCGGAGACGCUGGCCCCGACUAUCUCCGUCCUGGCAUUUGGAAGAUUGCUAUCUGGCGUGGGAUCAGGUGCCGCCAUAGUUGUUGGACCGAUCUACGUGUCGGAGAUCGCUCCCCCAAACGCAAAAGGAUUCUUCGGUGCAUUUACCCAGAUCAUGACCAAUGUUGGCAUCCUCUCGACUCAGUCCCUGGGGUAUUUCCUCAGCGAGGGAGGCAAAUGGAGGAUUAUCCUCGCGGUUGCAGGCUUCAUCGGGUGUUGUCAGCUUCUUGGACUGUUUUUGGUGCCAGAGAGUCCCACCUGGCUGGCAGAGCAUCAAAGGGUGGAUAGAGCCAGACAGGUUCUGCAGAGAAUACGCGGCAAAGAUGCGGACAUUGUUGAAGAGAUUGAAGGAUGGCGAUCUUCGGCAGGUGACUCUGGAUCUGGAGAGGAGCAAUCACUGCUGGUGCCUCCGUCUGCCAACAUCCCUCCAAAGCAACCCCCGGUCACUAUCCUGACUGCCGUGACGGACCCUCGAUACCGUCCUGCCAUUAUUGCCGUUGUCGGGGUCAUGGUAACCCAGCAGCUUACAGGCGUCAACAGUAUUAUCAUGUACAGCGUGUCAUUAUUGCAAACUAUUCUUCCCACCACUGCAGCCUUGCUGACGGUAAUUGUUUCGGCGAUCAACUUGAUAAUCACCCUUGUCUGUUCGCCGCUGCCCGAUAAGAUCGGGCGGCGAACUUGCCUUCUGCUGAGUAUCAGUGGGAUGGGAUGUAACUCUGUACUGCUCGCCUCGGGUAUCUAUUUCCACCUGAAAGCCUUAUCAGUGAUUGCUGUUCUGCUGUUUGUUGCUAGCUUUGCCGUCGGCCUGGGUCCGGUUCCAUUUAUCCUGGCUUCCGAGCUGGUUGGGCCAGAAGCCGUCGGGGCUGCGCAAAGCUGGGCCCUAGCAGCUAAUUGGAUCGCAACCUUUAUCGUGGCCCAAUUUUUCCCGAUGCUGAAUGAUGCAUUGGGAGGUCGCGGUAAGAUCUAUUGGAUCUUUGCCGCGAUGGCCUUGGUCCUGGGAGGAUUCAUCUACGGGUGGGUACCAGAAACUAGAGGAAAGACUAAUGUGGACGAAGUGUGGGGAAGAGAGGAUCAGCACCGAAGAGACUGA